AGGUCGGAAACUUUUCGUAGAUGCACUGGGAAGGAUUUUGUUUACAAACAACUUGUCAGAAGAGCAAAAAUCGACAAAGACCUUCAAACGUAUUUCAUUUAUUUGCAUAACUACAUUUAAGAUUUUUUGAUGGGUCAUUACGGUAUUUAAUAGAUGAAAAUCAUAUCGUCGACGGGUUUUGUUAAUGGUAAGAAGAAGGAACCGCAAUUAUGUUAAGUUGCCUUACACAGCUGCUUGUUUUUUAUUAAUCUUAUGACGUCAUUUUUGCCUACAUGCUACAGUAUUGUUAAUACUAUAAUACGUGAUAGAAGCUUACUAUUUUUUGUUGCCUUUUUGAAUUGUCGGGUAAACUUUUCACGUACUGUGUGUCAGCAACUGUACUGUUAGUGAGUUAGCUGACGGUGAUGCAAUAUCACUUCCUGUCUGAGACCAGCCCGAAGUAAACGGAGUGUGUGGGCACGGUGAGAAAAAGCUGAGCAGGUGGAGAGUCUUGAGUUGCACAAAGGUGUUGGCUGUGGGCACUACGCAGCAGGACACAUGGCAGAGGAAGGCAACAAGCUGACACUGAGGCGCCUGGAGGCUCCAAUCCACAAGUUCAUUAAAGUGGCUCUACCCACAGACCUGGAGCGGCUACAGAAACACCACAGUAACAUACUUAAGUACCAGCAUAGCCAGCAAUGGGAUCGCCUCCAUCAGGAGCAUAUUAAUGCCAGCAGAACUGUUCAGCAACUGAGAGCUAACAUCAGAGAGAUGGAGCAGCUGUGUGGCCGGGUCCGUGCGGAGGAUGCCGCGGCUCUGGACGUGCUCGUCAGGCCGGUCAGGGACAGAGCUUCAGCUGCCGCGAGAGACUUUCUGCUUUUGCACUCUGACUCUUCACCAACGCUCACUACGCGGCAGCCUGGAUGUGCAUCCAGCAACUGCCACAGCGUUAAUGACGAGGGCGACAAAGCAGAGUCGGGAAGGCAAAGUCAGCUCCACCUUCCAGAAAUCCCUGCAGAUCAGAAUGCAGCGGAAUCCUGGGAUAACCUUGAAGGGGACUUGAAGGAGCUGAGCAGCUUGGUGACCGAAUUCUCUCUGCUCGUCCAUUCCCAGCAGGAGAAGAUUGACAGCAUCGAGGACAACAUCAACACAGCCUCAACCAAUGUGGAGGAGGGAACCAAGAGCCUGGGGAAGGCGGUGGGCUACAAGUUGGCGGUGCUGCCGGUCGCUGGGGCGCUGCUGGGCGGCGUUUUGGGAGGGCCGCUUGGCCUGCUGGCUGGGUUCAAAGUGGCUGGGGUGGCUGCUGCCCUCGGAGGGGGCGCCCUGGGCUUUGCUGGAGGCAACCUGGUCCAGAAGAACCGCCGAGCUCAAGUGGACAAACAGAUGAAGCAAGUGACGGAGCCGCCGCACGAAGGACAGCAAGGCGUGGAUGAAUGACCCCACCAACCGAAAGCAGCAAUGACAGCUGGGAAAUGUCGGUAGAGGGAACGUUUAUGCUGAGCUCUGUCCAGCAACUACAGCCUUAACUUCAAAUGAAAAGGCCAAAUAUAUAUGAAGUGUCAUUCACUUCAGAUAUUCAGCUUAUUUAUUUUUAACUGACUAGAGUACUACUAAAAUGUUCAAAUGUGUCUCCAAAAAAUAUAUAUUUUUAGUAAUAUUCCAUAUUCACUUAUUUCCAGAUUACUAAUCUACUUGGUUUACAAAUGCCUCCAUUCCUGUCUGUAGAAAUGAACUGAAAUGGCUGUAAUGGUGUAUAUGAGGACAGUGAUUAUGCCGCUUUAUGAUUUAACACCUUAUUCUUAUAGUACUACAAAAAAUAGUCUCACUAAGUGCCAAUGUUCAGACAUCUUAAUGAACUGUAUUUCAUCAAAUCAAAGAAGUCUCUGUGCUGUCCAGCUAACAAAACAGGAAAUACCUGAAAAGAUUGUUUUUUUUUAAAAACAAAACGCAUAAGACAACAUCUGUAAAAUGGUUUUUAAUGUACUUGUCAACCCGUUGUUCUCUGAGAUGACCGUUUUUAAAAGAGCAUCAAACUCCCAUCAGGACUCUGUAAGUGGGCUGCUAUGUCACAGGUGUCUGUGGUGCUGGAUGGAACAAUACACAUGGGUUUGCAAACA